AUGAGUUUUCAGGAUUUAACAAAAGUAAAAGCAGUCUUUUUCUACUCCCAUUCAGGAUCAAGAAUUACUGCUCAAUACUAUGAUAAUAGCAUUCCAGACGAAAAGAGAACAGAUUUUGAAAAUAAUAUAUUCAAACGCGCUUCAGAAGAUUUCGAUGGCCAAAUUAUGCAACAUGAAGAAUACAUUACCGUUUAUCGCAAUUGUAACGAUGUUGUCGGUUUUGUUGUUGGCGAUUUAAAGGCAAAUGAACUUUUAUUAGACGAAGUUCUUGAAACAAUUUUCACUGCUCUCUCCCUUGUUUACAAGAAAGUUAGCUACGAUGAUUUAAUGAAGCAGAUAGAUCUUUUAUACUUACUUUUAGACGAAACCAUCGAGCAAGGAUAUAUUUUCGAAGGAGAUCCCGAAAUUGUUGCCGCUCGUGUUGUUCUUAAAGAUGAUAAGGCUUUCGCCGGUAAGGCUGUGCGUUCUUCGCAAGGCUUUUAA